CGACUCCCUCUCGGCUUUUUUAGCCUCUUGAUCCGCCUUCUCAGCUUCUUUCUGAGCCUUCUCUGCAUCUUUCUCAGCCUUCUUGAUCUCCUUUUCCUUCUUUUUGGUAGCAAGCUCUGUUCUCGCCCUAUCUAUAUCCUCCCAGGCCAUUACCUUUGCUCUUCCCACUACUUCAGACUUGGUGGAUCGGCGGACUUUGUUCUUAUUAUUGAUUUCAACCAAAAAUUCAUUUUGUCCCUGUAGGAUGGCUCGAUCCGCAAAACACCGUUAGGCAGCCUUAAUAAUCUUCUGUUGCAUUUUCUCUUUUUAUUGUCUGUUUGCUUCCUUACUGGGGAGCCCUUUGAACGCGUUCGAGAGGGAUGUGAACGCCUCUGCUAACGCUAGCGUUACAGGGGUCUUCGGUAUUUCGUAGGACGUAUCAGAUAGUGCUUCCGUCACAUUGAUUUCCGGUACUGUUAGUUCACGUAGAGGCUGCGGUACCUCACUCAGUACUUUGUCAGGGUUGAAGGGAUACAAACCGGCAUUAGAACACCCAGCUCGUAUAUUGCGAGCUGUAAACGUCUUGGUUCUUGCAGGGCUAUAGAGGGUUGAAGCUUGUUUGAUGUAUUCGGCAGAGGAUGAUAUUAUUCUCGAAACAAUACUGGAGAAUCUCGAGCGUUUCAUGCGUUCCGAAGCCAUCUCCGAUUAGCACGCGUGGUUUCCCGUCAGCAAGUUCCUUUGUUUCGGGAUCGAAAAUAUGCUUAAGCCAUUGUAGACUGAUAUAGGAGUCGGUAUACCCUUUAUCGGACAACGCCUGAGCCCUGCUGAGGUAAAAUUCUGGCGCAUCGAGCCAGUUUAUGCCUGAGGCUAUAAGGCCGGACACUGCACUUCAUUGACACCUUCAGUUCUUGCCUUGACACAUAUAGCGGAACACUCUGGAUGAUAUAUCGUGCCGAGACCUCUUACCUUUUUCUCGUGCUUGAACUGAAUCCGACGGCCUCUCUUGAUUUCUAGACCGCUGCUCCUACCUCGUCAACCCCGCACGCCCAAGACAGCCAAUCUGACGAACGAGCUCACGACCUCAACCAUAGCCCUUCCCCUCUACGACUCAUACGAACAGCGUGACGACCUACAAAGUCCACUUCCCCAGGCGCACAAUCAGGAUCAGAUUAUGAUUCAAGAGGUGAAGAAGCAUGUCCAGCUCUAAUCGCACCCAUCUGUUGACUAUGAAAGUCUUGUUUUCUUGGCGGCUGGUGGUUCAGGAGUCAUUUAUGCGAUUGACGAGGAGAAAAUUCUGAAAGAGUUUUACGAUGAGGGAAUGGACGUAGAUCGCCUUAUAUUUGAACGUUUGGGAUGGCAUGCAAACAUUGUGAAGUGCUUUGGAGCAAUAAACAAUGGUCUCAUCCUUGAACGCGGGCAAUCCAUUCGGAUAAUAAUCAAAGAACGUGGGGCGUACCAGAUCUCGUUGGAUACGAAAAUCCGCUGGCUCCAGCAAGCUGCAGAGGGAAUGAAACAUAUGCAUCACAACGACGUCCUACAUGCUAAUGUUGGAUGUCACAAUGGGAUUACGGUUGACGGACGCUUGAAGAUCAUCGAUUUGAGGGUUGUGGCGUUGAUGGAGGAGAGGCAAGAGCAUGUUAUGAGUGGUUCAGUUACAAGGAAUCAACACCAGCAGUAAGCCAGAGGACGGACAUCUUUGCAUUUGGCUGUGCUAUUUAUGAGAUUGUAACUGGCAGAAAGCCACACGAUGAACUUGCAGCACAUCCCGAUCGUUUCCUCCAUGUAAAGCAAUUAUACGCCAAGAGUCAAUUUCCGGAUGUCCAAAACAUGCCGCUGAGCAAGCUGAUGGAGGGUUGCUGGCAUGGUACUUUCAGUUCCAUGAACGAAAUCCUGCAGGAGCUGGAAACUCUGAAUCUUCUCAGUUAACAAUCCCCCCUACGACACGGGACGCCCACCGUGAGGGGACAGACCACAGGUCCUUCGACUUCGCGGCGGUUCAUUUUCACAACGUACACUCAUUUCUUAUAUAUCUUGUCUAGAAUACAUGCUCUAAUUACUUAUUAAUGCUUGUGAAGUGCUCAACUAAAAAAAUAUAUUCGCGUUGUCGCCUUCGCGCUCACGCCGCAAGGAGCUACUUUUUAUCGCAUAAUGG